AUAUCGAUAACCAUUUUUUCUUUCUUCCUUUUUUUUUCGUUGUAUUUCUUUUUAUUUCAUACAUGUCUUUCCUUAGAAACGCUACGCGAGUUUCACCUCGCUUCUCCAUGGCUGCUAAAUCAGCAGCCGUUGCCCGUCGUACUUUAACUAGUGCUAAGCCCGGACCCAAGACACCUGUUGAUCCUAACGCUCCUGGACCCAUGUUGAAAUACCAAGCCAAUUUACCCAAGUUGCCCGUACCUGCCUUAAGCGCUACCUUGCAGAAAUACUUACAAUCUGUGCGUCCUCUUUUAGACGAUGCUGAAUUUAAAAAGACUGAACAAGCUGCAAAAGAUUUUGAGGCUCCUGGUGGCCUCGGUGUUCAGUUGCAGGAACGUUUGCAAGCCCGUGCUAACGAUCCCAAGAUUGUGAAUUGGAUGGAGGAUUGGUGGUUGGACCAAGCUUAUAUGGGUUAUCGUGAUCCUGUCGUCAUCUACGUCAGUUACUUCUUUUUGUUUAAGGACGACAAGUUACGUAAAUCUCCCGCUCAACGUGCUGCUGCUAUUGCUACUGCCGCUCUUGAAUUCAAGAAGCAAGUUGUCGAUAAAACGCUUUCUAUUGAAAUGGCCAAGGGAGAACCCAUGUGUAUGGAUUCUUACAAGUAUAUGUUCAACAAUUGCCGUAUGCCCAAAAAGCCCUCUGAUUAUGAGGCCAUCUUCGACCCUGUCAAUAACAACCACGUGGUGGUGAUUCGUAAAAACAAAUUUUAUGUAGUCGAUACCAUCCAUAAUGGUAAACAAUUAUCCACCAAUGAAUUGGAACAACAAUUCCAGAAGAUCAUGAACCAAGCAGGUUCUUCUAAGGGCCUUCCUAUUGGUGUCCUCACCUCUGAUAACCGCGAUAAAUGGACAGAGUACCGAGAAAACUUGGUUGCUGCAAACCCCGAAAAUGCCGCCUUGUUGGAAAAGGUUGAAUCAUCCGAUUUUGUAAUUUGUCUUGAUGAUCAAACACCUGUAACCCGUGAUGAAGGCUCUCGUGCAUGCUGGCAUGGUGACGGUCGUAACCGUUUCUUUGAUAAGCCUCUUCAGUUUAUCGUCUUUGAGAAUGGUAAGGCUGGUUUCAUGGGCGAGCAUUCUUGUAUGGAUGGUACAAACACUUGUCGCUUAAAUGAAUAUGUUUGUGAUGGAUUGAACAGAGACCUUGUUGAUCAUGGUUCUGUUGAAAUUCGUUCUGACCUCCCCGAGCCUAAAGAACUCGGAUUCCAAGUAAAUGAUCAAAUCAAGAAGGAUAUUGAAUCCGCCGGUUCCAAUUUUGAUAAACUCAUUGCCAAGCAUGAUUUGACUGUCUUGUCUUAUCAAUCUUACGGUAAGAAUUUGAUCAAGAAGUUUAAGUGCUCUCCUGAUGGUUAUGCUCAAAUGGUCAUUCAAUUGGCUUAUUACAAAAUGUUUGGUACUUCUCGCCCUACUUAUGAGUCUGCCCAGACCCGUAAGUUCCAACGUGGUCGUACUGAGACAGCUCGUACCGUCACCACUGAAUCCAUCGCCUUUGUCAAGACCAUGGAGGAUCCUUAUGCUUCUAAUGAUGCCAAGGUAUCUGCUCUUAGAUCUGCUCUCAAGACACAAGGUGCCUACAUGGCUGAUGCCGUAAAUGGUCAUGGCGUUGAUCGCCACUUGUUUGGAUUAAAGAACUGUGUUCACACUGGUGAGGAGAAGCCUGAGCUCUUUACUCAACCCAUCAAUGCUUACUCUUCUCAUUGGUAUCUUUCCACCUCUCAAUUAUCCUCUGAACACUUUGAUGGUUAUGGUUGGGGUCAAGUUGUAAAUGAUGGUUUUGGUUGUGCCUACAUGAUCAAGAACAACGCUCUCCAAUUCAACGUGGCCAGUGUCAAGGAUCUUGAGGUUCAUGGUAAACAAUAUAUCAAUGGUACACAUCAUUUCAAGCAUUGUCUUGAAGAAGCUGCUAAUGAUUUAAGAGAUGUCAUGAAUGCCGAAAUUGCUGCCGAAGCAAAGUUGUAAAUUUUUUUUUCUGCCCUCAUAUCAUAGAUUUUUUACAUAUACACACACACAAUAAACGUUUUAUAAAAGACGAUCCAUCC